AUGUGGUUUGAAGAUCGUUCAAUAUCUAACAUCAAGAUGUCGUCAAUAGUCGAAGAAUGGCGGGAUCUCUGGUCGUUUAAGGCCGAGUUCAUGUUGGUUGGACUGUCCUACUUUUUCGCUACUACCAACCUUCUUAACUUGCCCCGGUUGAUUCUUGACAAUGGAGGAUGUAUGUUUAUUUUUAGUUGUUUCAAUUUAAAAUGUAAUAGAUAUAUGAGCAUACCAACAUUAUAGCAAUUUAAAAGUUCUCUUCAAUGACUAAUUAACAUUACUUUUAGUGGCCUUCCUUACUGCAUAUGCUACAGCAGUAAUUGUGGUAGUACUACCUAUUCUAGUCCUAGAACUUUCGGUGGGACAACUAACAGGGCGAGGGCCUGUCCAAGCCCUCUACAACAUCUGCCCAGUCUUUAAAGGCGUCGGAGUAUCUCAAAUAAUACUGUCCUUAAUAACUGCAGUAUGCUUUGCUCGGUACUUGGCCUGGCUGUUCCUAUACCUAUUUCACUUAUUCUGGACUGUUCUGGACGAGCGGCCUGGACUGCCUUGGAUCAACUGCCAGAACUUUCCUGAGUUACAGACUUCACCAUGUAUUGAGUCUACAGUAAUUGCCAACGCUACAACUGACUUCGAGCAGACUGUGAGGUUGUCUACACUCCGAGAUUCCUCAGCCUUGGUGCAGUUCAUGUACGCUUUGGAGAAGCCGAGCACCAGCAUAGCUGAAGUCGGGCAGAUCCAGCUUUAUCUUCUCAUAGCCCAAGGUAUCGUGUGGGUGUUGAUAUUUGCGGCUAUCUGUUUCGGAGUCAGAUGGCUCGGGAAAGUGACGGUUUUCACAUUCAUGGCUCCGUUGUGCCUGCUUCUGAUUCUUUUGGCUAGGAUCCUGUUUCUGAACGGCGCCAUUCCCAUGUUUGAGCGACUAUAUUACGUUACGGACUGGAAUCGACUGGCUGAUUACAACGUGUGGAAGCUGGCUGUAGAACAAGCGGUUGUGGCUAGCGGUGUUGGCUUUGGGGUGUUGACUACAGUAGGAUCCUACAACAAGAGGAACAACAACUUGGUCCGGGAUUCUGUGUUCAUUAUCAUCGGUCAUUUCUUUAUCACCGCCGUUCAGGUGGCUACUGUAUUUGGGCUAGUCGGCUACUUGAGCUACAAGACUGGACUGGUGCCAUUGGAGAUUCUUGGAAAUGGUACGUUAUGUUUUUACUUAAAAUUGCGAUUUCUCAUUAAAUUUUUUGCAAUGUGAGUGUUAUGCUUUAUCAUUUAUAGGCCAAGAGCAAAUGUGGCACAUCCUGGUGUACCUGUCGUUUGUACCAAGUACCAAGCUUUUCACUGGGAUUCUUCUGUUCCUCAGCAUUUUUGUAUUACUCAAUAUCUGUGUAAGUUAUUACAUUUGUCAAAGUUAUCAAGAUAUUGAAGAUAUGUAGACAUACUAAUUACUUCAUCUUAUGGUUACUGUUACCUAUAGUCUCAAUGUUUUAGUACUUACUGGCUCUGAACGUGCUGGCUACACUAGAAGAUGCGUUAGGAGAAAAGUGGUCUCGCUGUUUCCCUCGCUUCGUUCUGGCCCUCUUUGUGGUACUGAUUGGUGCCGGACUGGGCGUUUUCUUUACUACUCAGGCUGGGAAGCAUGCCUACGCUUUAACCACUGGCUACCUCAAGUACAUCACACUAUGGAUGAUUCUGGCAGCCGAGUUGUUCGCUGUCGCUUGGUUUUACUGUGCACACUCGCUGGGAAAAGAUAUGAAGACAAUGAUAAAGAGUACAUGUUGCUGGUGUUUGGGGUACUUUAUACUCUUCUUCACCUACCUCAUGCCCGCCGUUCCAAUUGUGAGUUUUUAACUAACUUUAUCAAGGAAAAGCGAGACGUUUAAGAAAUUGUGCAGUUUUUAUUUUAUAAGUUGGUCUACUGUUAUUUAUUAUUGUUCUCUUUCAGGCAAUUGCCGUUCUCAAUGUUAUGCAAUACGACUACAGUAUCUACCCGGAGGCGAUUCGCAACUGGCAAUGGAGUGAAUACGUUGGCUACGCGAUCGCCCUGGUCCCAUUAUUACCCAUUCCAUUCUUUAUCCUAUUCACCAUCUGCUACAACUGCAGCGACCAUUCCGACUUGACCAAGCGUCAGAAGUUCCGACAAUCGUUCCGUUCGCCGUUAGACGUCGAAGGGAUGAAGCAGCGUGAGGAGCUCCUGACCCGCAGCGAGCACACCGACAACAGCAGAUAUCCAACUCAAGGUUAUACGUUACUGCCCCAGACGGCUCCAUUAGCGGAGCCAGAAGCUUAUAAUGACCUGUAUGGUAACAACCCUCAUGUACGUAACAUACCAAUUGUGAGCUGAUUUUAAGUGUUUUCAAUACCUAUAUUACCAAUCUCUUUGAGAGUAUGAUAUAUUGAAUGUUAAUGAAAACACUAAUUAAAAUAAGUUCAAAGACAGACCAAAUACAGGUAAUAAUUUAUGCCGUUUCAGCGCCGAGUAUAA